UCUUUUUAAAUCUCUUUGCCAAACAUGUCUCAACAGCAUGCAAAAGUUCAUAAAAAAUGACAUUGCCAUUUGUCCAUCCAAAGAUAGCUGUUUUAGCUGUGAUUCUAUUUAUAAUUGCCAUUUUUAGGAUCAUCUCCUCCAAGGAUCUUAGAUUUAUCUCAAUCUUUUUCCGGGUUCAUCAAGAUUUUCCAAAUGGAGACGAUCUUGUUCCAUAUUUGCUAGCUGUGUGAACCAUUUCUUUUUAUAGGAGGUUCUCUUCUAAUUUUCUGCUACUAAAAUAAGCUAUCCUCAAACAGAAUAAAUUCUCUUCUGGGUUAGCUUCAAAGUGGUGUUUCUUCAAUUCGGGUACAUUACCUUUCCAGAGAUGAUUCCUGUUCGUUACAAGAACUCGUUUCCUUCAUCUGAAAUAAUUGAUAAUCCAUUGGAUUAUGAAGAUGGGAAUGGAGUUAGUUCCAAGGAAAGAAAGGGGCAUAUGCUGUGGAAAAAAGUGAAAUAUCAACUAGUUGAAUACCACUCAUUGCCAUGGUAUUUAAGGGACAAUGAAUUUAUCCAUGGUUACUAUCGUGCAGAAUGGCCAUUGAAGCAAGUCCUCCUCAGCAUCUUUAAAAUCCACAAUGAGACUCUUAAUGUCUGGACGCAUUUGAUUGGAUUCUUCCUUUUCCUCUUUCUGACUGUGUACACUGCAAUGAAAGUCCCAGAUGUUGCAGAUAUUAAUCCCCUCCAACAUUUGCAUGAAAUGCUCCAAAAAGCUGAUUUCCACAAGAUUCAUUUACACCUCUUGAAUUGCCUGCCUUCCUUGCCCAACAUGCCAGAUCUUCAAAAGUUCAAGAUGGAUAUAAAGGCAUCCUUACUUUCAAUGGAAUUCCUUUCAACCCUUUCAGGGAAUAUUAUGGAACGUCUCACUAACUGCUUGAUCGACAGAUUUACUCGGAUGUAUCAUGUUGUUGAUGACAGUGUUCUGCAAGGAGUCAAAGAUGAUGUGUCGAACAUGAUAGCUCCCCUGAUGUUUCAUCCCAUUACAAGAUGGCCAUUCUUCCUAUUCUUGGGAGGGGCUAUGUUCUGCUUGCUAGCUAGCAGCACAUGCCACCUCCUCUCUUGCCACUCUGAGCGAAUGUCCUACAUAGUGCACAGAAUUGAUUAUGCAGGCAUUGCUGCUCUCAUUGCAACCUCAUUUUAUCCUCCUGUCUACUACUCUUUCAUGUGCAACCCCUUCUUCUGCAACCUGUAUCUGGGCUUCAUAACACUAUUAGGCAUUGCCACCAUCGUAUUCUCUCUCCUUCCUGUAUUCCAGAGGCCAGAAUUAAGGGGCUUUCGAGCUGGUCUCUUCUUUGGGAUGGGCAUGUCAGGCGUGGCCCCUAUUCUUCAUAAGCUGAUACUCUACAAGGACCAACCUGAAGCCCUCCAAACUACAGGUUACGAAAUCCUGAUGGGGAUCUUAUAUGGACUUGGAGCAUUGAUUUACGCUACAAGAAUUCCUGAGCGAUGGAAGCCGGGCAAGUUUGACAUUGCUGGACAUAGCCACCAGCUUUUUCACAUCUUGGUUGUGGCAGGUGCUUAUACACACUACCAAGCAGGGCUAGUGUACCUAAGAUGGCGGGACUUGCAUGGUUGCUAGAUCUUCAUAGGGACAUAGAUGGAUGCAUAAAAAGUAGUGAUGAAGCAUUUCUUCUUAACCAGGACAAAAAAAUAUCUAAGUUUUGUUGAGUAGAAUUUUGAUGAAGCAUUUCUUCUUAACCAGGGCAACAAAAUAUCUAAGUUUUGUUGAAUAGAAUUUUGCUUUCAUUGAGAGUCA